AUGGCCAUCAAGCCCAUCACCGGCAUGCUCCGCCGCACUAUUGUGCUCGACCUCUCCGUUGCCAUGGGCCUCGGUGUAGCCGCCGGCUAUGGCUGGUGGUACGGUUACCACGUCCCUGCCGUCCGCCACCGCGACGCAUACUACCAGAGGAUCGAAGACGAGCGCGCCCAAGCUCUUGGCCAGAAAUAA